UUCAAGCUUCUAUCGAACAUAUCGAAAUGCACAAAGAUAAGUACCGCUCAGUCGAGGUACUGCUCGCCAACGACUAAACACCACAAAUAAACGGUCACCAUGCUGGCUAAGAAUGUAUUGACGUCACGCGUCACGCGUACCAUCCUCAGGGAUGGGGUGGGUUUCCUCAGGGUUGCAGCUUUGAGGCCGGUGGCCAGUCAAGUUUAUAGGAGGGCCAGUACGACCCCUAGACUGUGGGUACCCAGGAUAACACAGGCAAAUUUGUCAUCGGUAGGCCUACAAGAAAAAAGGGAAAACACAUUCACAGACAGAAGCCAGCUGAAAUACGCCAGAAGACUCGUUGUUAAGCUGGGCAGUGCUGUAAUCACUAGAGAAGACGAACAUGGUUUAGCAUUGGGACGCUUGGCAUCAAUUGUUGAACAAGUAGCAGAAUGCCAAAACGAAGGAAGGGAGUGUAUUAUGGUAACCAGUGGUGCCGUAGCUUUUGGAAAACAAAAAUUGACUCAGGAAUUGCUGAUGUCACUGUCUUUAAGGGAGACCUUAUCACCUACGGAUCACACUAGAGAGGAAGCACCAAGGAUGUUGGAACCCAGGGCAGCAGCCGCUGUAGGUCAGUCAGGACUUAUGUCGUUGUACGACGCCAUGUUUUCACAGUACGGUGUCAAAAUCGCACAGGUUUUGGUCACCAAGGCAGAUUUUUACAACGAAGAGACAAGAAGAAACUUGAUCAGUACUCUUUCCGAGCUGAUCAGCUUGAAUAUCGUUCCAAUCAUCAACACAAAUGAUGCUGUAUCGCCUCCUCCACAAAUUGAUGAACCCAUAGGAGCCAAGCCUGGUAAAAGAGGCAUCUCACUCAAAGACAACGACUCCCUGGCCGCCAUGUUGGCUGCCGAAGUCCAAUCAGAUCUCUUGAUUUUGAUGUCCGACGUUGACGGCAUCUACAACAAACCUCCAUGGGAACCCGGCGCGAGAUUCUUGCACACUUUCUCAUCCGAACAGAGACAAACCAUCGAGUUUGGACAGAAGAGCAAAGUAGGCACUGGCGGCAUGGACUCCAAGGUCAACAGUGCCAUCUGGGCAUUGGAUAGAGGAGUAUCUGUGGUCAUAUGCAACGGUAUGGCAAAGGAAGCCAUCAAAACAAUCCUUUCUGGAAGAAAGAUAGGAACCUUCUUUACUGACUCGGCCAAUGUUGGAAGCGUCCCCACAGAAAUCAUUGCUGAAAAUGCACGUAUUGGUGGAAGACUUCUUCAAACACUGACCCCAGACCAAAGAGCUUCCUGCGUCCACACUUUAGCCGAGUUAUUGGUGUCCAAACAGUCUCAAAUCUUGGACGCCAACCAAAAAGAUCUCCAAGAAGCUAGCCAAUCCGGCCUGGCAAAACCUCUGCUGUCUCGAUUAUCGCUCACACCGUCUAAACUUAAGAAUUUAGCUGUAGGAUUGAAACAAAUUGCUGACUCCAGUCAUAAUAAUGUUGGCAGAGUGCUGAGAAGGACUAGGCUAGCUGAUGGUUUAGAGUUAAAACAAAUCACUGUUCCUAUCGGAGUUCUUUUGGUUAUUUUUGAGUCAAGACCUGACAGUCUACCCCAGGUAGCUGCCCUAGCUAUUGCUUCAGGAAAUGGACUUCUUCUUAAAGGAGGUAAAGAGGCUGCUCACAGCAACAGAGCACUUAUGGAGUUGGUAAAGGAAGCGCUCAGCACUAUUGGAGCUGCCAAUGCAAUUUCUUUGGUUUCAACAAGAGAAGAAAUUGGCGAUUUGCUCACCAUGGAACAACACAUCGAUCUGAUCAUCCCAAGAGGUUCCAGUGAUCUUGUCAGGAGUAUACAAGCGCAAUCUCAACACAUACCUGUCAUGGGACAUGCCGAAGGUAUUUGCCAUGUGUUUGUUGAUAAAGAGGCCGAUUUGAAGAAAGCCCUCAAAAUCAUCAGAGAUGCUAAAUGUGACUAUCCCGCAGCAUGUAAUGCCAUGGAAACACUUCUUAUUCACGAAGAUCUGAUGAACACUGACUUCUUCUCUGAUGUAUGUAAUGUUUUGAAGAAGGAAGGUGUCAAAAUAUAUUCAGGUCCAGCAUUAAAUCAAGUGCUUACAUUCGGUCCACCCUUGGCAAAGAGCUUGAAACACGAGUAUGGAGCAUUGGAAUGCUGUAUUGAGGUUGUUAAAGAUUUGGACGCUGCUAUUGACCAUAUUCACACGUACGGCAGUGGACAUACUGAUGUCAUUGUCACUGAAAACAAUCAUAGAGCUGAAGACUUCCAAAAACGAGUUGACAGCGCGUGCGUGUUCCACAAUGCCAGUUCAAGGUUUGCUGAUGGAUUCCGGUUUGGUUUAGGUGCCGAGGUUGGUAUUAGCACUGCCCGAAUCCAUGCCAGAGGUCCAGUAGGCGUCGAAGGACUUCUCACCACCAAAUGGGUACUCCAUGGUACCGAUCACGCCGCUUCUGACUUUUCCGAAGAAGGUGGAAGACAAUGGUUGCACGAAAGCCUACCACUGAAUUAGUUUUAAGUCUCAUUUCACUCAAUUUUCCUAUUUUUUUAAAGAAAAUACAUUUUAGUGUAAUUUUAUAUAUUUUUUAUCGACGUGUAGUUUGUAUAUUUUUUUGUAUAAUUUAUUAACGAACUGUUAAGUUUUUUUUGUCUGUAAAGUGUUGAUUUUUUGAAAUAUAAAUUUAUUUUAAUA